UAAAACGACUUGCCAUAGUGUGAUUGGCGAGAGCUCAUGUUACCAUUUCCUGAGCAGCUGGAAGAAAACACGUAGAUAUUGCAUGCGCAUUUGAGAUGAAGGAGUGCCGUCUUCAACAAUGGCAGAAGCAAGCGACAACAGUACACCACUGCAGGCUCAGGAAACGGCCCAACUAGAAGAACAUUUGCAGGGAUGGAGAGAGGUGAUACUGGCUGUGGAUCAGGUGCUGCGGUGGCAAAAGCCGUGGUUCCCGCUUGCACUGAUUGGGUUCACCACCGCAUUCUUUCUGUCACUGUAUUACCUGGACCCGUCAGUGCUGACCGGAGUUUCGAGUAGCAUAGUGAUACUAAGUCUGGCUGACUAUUUGGUGCCCAUAAUUGCCUCUAAGAUCUUUGGAUCAAAUCAGUGCAGGGUGUCUGAACAGCAGCGUUUCCACGAGAUAUGCAUAAGUCUGGUGAAGACAUACCAUCGCUUCACUGAUUGGUGGAAAGGCUUUUUCAACUUCAAGGACAGGAGGCCAAAGACGUACUUCCUAUUGGUCUUAAGCGCUCUGUUGGGGAUGGCAUGGGUUGGACAGCAGGUCCAUAACCUGCUGUUGACGCAUCUGAUCGUCACAUUCGUCUUGCUUCUACCUGGAAUAAUGAUUUGUGUGUCAAAAUACACUGCCAUGGUGCGGAGGCUUUUCAGACGGGGGAAAAAGAAUGACUGAGCAUCUGACACUCUUCUACUGGACGCAACGUCUUUCGGUCUCACAGACUAGAAGGUCUCCAACAUCGCAACAUCGUUACCACGCUCAAAGCAGUAUCUUCUAAGACCACUAGUGUAGUCUGUUAAGGCACUGUAGGGAGGGCACAGUUAUUCUGCUUGAAAUGUGUCCCACAUGCUCCAUGGGUUGGUUUCCUCAGACUGGUACAUUAUACAUUUUAUAUUUUAUAUUUAUGUGUGGCAUUCACUGGUUCCAAUGUACCAGGUCAUCUUUAUUAGCACUAUAUUGUGAACACAGAAGUGUUAUGGUCAUGCCAAAGACCACUGAAUGUCAGUUUAGCUGCAACCCUAGCCAAAAUAACUUCCUCGUUCACACAUUCCGACAUUCAGAGGUCAAUCUGUUUUAAGUCUAUGCUGUACUUUGCAUAGAUCAUCACACAUGUAUUUAUUAUUUGUGUAUUUUUGCUGUUUUCAUGUGAUUUAUUUAAGAAAUGCCUUAGUGGCUUCCACAAUAAAACACAUUUGGUAAAAAAAAAUAUUUGUCUUUUAUGAAACAUUGUUCAAUAAAGAGAUAAAAGAUUUAAUCAUUCCAUAAACAGUGUGACUUGGAGCCAGUAUUCAGAAACAAAAACAGUAAACUUGCAUCACUACAAUAACAUGUAGUAGGUUAUAGGGAUACAUACGUGAUUUUUUUUCUCGCAAAUUCUGGUUGGAUGUUUAAUUUUUAAGAGAAAAGCAUGCUGCUGAUUAAAAUGUCCUACA